GAGACUUUAUUCACAUCCCCCAAAUAUUUUCCCUCAAACGGCUAGCUGCACCGCAAGGGGAAUUAAGUAGCAGUAAAUAUCGUUUUUUCGCAGCUUCGCAUUCCCAGUAGAUAGACAGGGUCUGCAGUCACCACCAACAUGUCGCACACAAUUUUGCUUGUCCAGCCGACCAAGAGACCUGAGGGCCGCACAUAUGCUGACUAUGAGUCAGUGAAUGAAUGUAUGGAAGGUGUAUGCAAAAUGUAUGAAGAGCAUCUUAAGAGGAUGAAUCCAAACAGCCCCUCUAUCACGUAUGACAUAAGUCAGUUGUUUGACUUUAUUGACGACUUGGCAGAUCUGAGCUGUCUUGUGUACAGAGCUGACACUCAAACAUACCAACCAUACAACAAAGACUGGAUCAAGGAGAAGAUAUAUGUCCUGCUGCGGCGUCAGGCUCAGCAAGCAUCAAAGUAAAGGCACCAGUGAGGAGUUGUCCCGCUACACACAUUUUGAAGGAGUUUAUGCUGCACUACAUUUCCACAGUGUCUUGAAGAUCUGUGUACGAGGACAACAAUGUCAGUUUGGCGAGGAAAGGGUUUACAUACUAUAGUGUACAUGGGGAAAGGAGGGGGUUUGAAAACUGGAGAAAAUCAGAUGUUUGGGGAUUUAUAUAGAAAUGGGGUUCAUGCUCGGCAGCAUACCUGUGUUUGUAAUUUGUUACAUUAAGAUCAGAGUCACGCUACAAGGACUAACUUAUUGAUGGGGAGGGAUCUGGAGGAAUGCUGCACGGGUUUGACUUUUUUUUUUUUGGUUGGGUCAAAUUUUUAGUUGUGUGCUCUCGGUUUCCCUAAACGUUACAUGACAUUUUUUAUAUACCUCCACUGCAGUUGGAUUUGAAUGUGCUGUGGAUGUUUGAAUGCAGGUGCUUUAUUUUUGAAUGAGAUAAAUGUCUGCAGACUAACCCAUCAUUUUUCAUUGAUUAUUGUUAUUGUUGUUACUAUAUCCCAUCAUGUGAUGUGAAAUGCUCUUUUUUGUAAUUAUUUUGUUUUACAUAGAAUCUGAUUUCAGCUACCCCCGUUUCUGUUUUCUGUGAUUUAAACAAAAUAAACAGUUGUUUUCUGA